AUGGCGGACAGGCAGGUGGAUGAUGUGGACCCACAUAAACUGCACCAGGGCCCCCAAGGCCUCGGGGGAGGUGCAGCACCAGGACCCCAAGGCCUCAGUGGAGAUGCAGCACCAGGGCCCCCCAAGGCCUCGGGGGAGGUGCAGCACCAGGGCCCCCCAAGGCCUUGGGGGAGGUGCAGCACCAGGGCCCCCAAGGCUUCGGUGGAGAUGCAGCACCAGGGCCCCCCAAGGCCUCGGGGAAUGUGCAGCACCAGGGACUCCCAAGGCCUCGGUGGAGAUGCAGUUCCUGGGGGCCUCGGCAGAGAUGCAGUUCCUGGGGGCCUCGGCAGAGAUGCAGUUCCUGGGGGCCUCGGUGGAGAUGCAGUUCCUGGGGGCCUCGGUAGAGAUGCAGCACCAGGUGAGGGCCAGGUUGUGGCCAGCAGAGGCGGUGCCAGUUGCCUCAGCAAGUGUGAAGACGUCUCUUGUAAGUAG